AUGUCUCAAAAAUAUUCAACAAAUGAAAAAUUAAAAAAUAAAAAUCCUUCAUCUCCAUUAAAUCCUAAUGAUGAACAACGUUAUUGUAUAUGUCAAAAACGUGAAGAUGAAUUAAAUGAUGAUGAUAAUAAUGAUUUUAUGAUUGAAUGUGAUGGUUGUAAUGGUUGGUUUCACGGUAAAUGUGUAGAUUUAGCUGAUCGAAUUGCUGAUGAUAUUGAAAAAUAUUUUUGUAAUGAAUGUUCAAAACAAUAUGGACCUUCAAUUUUUAAACAACGAAGAAAUCAACAUCGAAGAGAUUAUAGUGAUGCAAACGCUGAUAAUAAACCAACACAAUCUGGUACACCAGAUUUUAUUAAUAAAUUAAAACGAAAAAUAUUUCCAAAUUGUGAUUCUGUUAUAACUCGUUUAAAAGGCAAUCAAUUAACUACUGAAUAUGUAGUAAAAAAUGGUUUUACAAAACCAAUAUUAGUUACAAAUCGAGAUGGUCUUGAUAUGUCAUUACCAAAUCGAGCAAUAACAUUAGCAGAAAUAAAUGAUUUUGUUGGACAUGACCGUUUUAUUGAUAUAAUUGAUUGUGAAAAACAAGUGACUUAUAAAAUGGGUUUAGAUGAUUAUAUUGAAUAUUUUGAAAGUUUUGAAAGAAAUAAAAUUUAUAAUGUUCUCAGCUUGGAAAUAUCAAAUACUAAAUUGGGUGAACAAGUUGUAACACCACAAAUUGUUCGAGAUUUAUCAUGGGCUACAAUUGGUGUAUGGCCAAUUAAGAAACAAGAAAAACAAAAUGAUGAAGAAUUAAAUUCAAAUGAAAAUCAAAAGAAAACAAUAUGGCCAUUACAAACAAUAACAUCAUUAUCAAAAAAGAAACGUCGAACAGUUUCAUCAACAGAUACAGAUCAAAGUGAUGAUGAACAAUAUGAUGGAAUAGAAGCAAAUCAUUUUGAAAAUUUUGAACGUCCUGAAGUAGCAAAAUAUUGUUUAAUGAGUCCACAAUCAUCAUAUACAGAUUUUCAUAUAGAUUUUGGUGGUUCAAGUGUUUGGUAUUCUGUUGUUCGAGGUGAAAAGGUAUUUUAUUUAAUUGAACCAACGGAUGAAAAUUUACAAAAAUAUGCUGAUUGGUCAGGAUCACCAAAUGAAUCGGAAGUAUUUUUAGGUGAUUGUGUAACACAUUGUUAUAAAAUGCAUUUACGUGAAGAAAAUACUGUUCUUAUACCACCUGGAUGGAUCCAUGCCGUUUAUACAGUGACUGAUUCGCUUGUUUUUGGUGGUAAUUUUCUUCAAUCACUGGGUGUUGAUAUGCAGCUUCGCAUUUAUGAGCUUGAACGUCUUGCACAAGUUCCAAAUAAAUUUCAAUUUCCAUUAUUUGAAACAUUUCAUUGGUAUGCUGCUAAAACAUUUUAUGAAGAACUUAAACAAUGUAAUGAAACUAAUGCAUUAAUAAUCAAUCCAAUAACUCAACAAGCUUCUGAAUCAAUUAUUCAUUAUAUGAGUAAAUGGUUAUCAGUUGAUAAACGAUAUCAACUUCGAAAUCGUACAACUAUACCAAAAGGAAUUAAUUGUGAAAAAAUUUUACGUGAUCUUGCACGUGAACUUGAUCUAGCAAAAACACGUUGUGGAUCAUCAUGUAUUUCUAAACCACCAUCGAAUAGCAUUAUUGCAAGUCCAAUUAAAGUUGUACUUCCAAUUGAAACAAAACAAGAAUUAACUCAUGUUAAUAAUACUAAAAUUAAAGUUAAAUGUCGUCGUUUAUCAUCUGAAAAUGAAAAUAUAAAAAAUAAAGAAUCAUCAGGUGGUGCUAGUGUGAAAUUAACUAUUAAAACAACAUUAAGUGGUUGUAGAAAACCAAGUAGUAAUAGAGAAUUGACAUCAAAUAUAAAUAAGAAAAAAACUGGGCGAACAAUAUCAUCUGUUAAACAACAAAAAAAUUCGAAUAUGAAUGAUAUUUCGGUAAAACAAGAAGAAUCACCUAAAAUUACUUAUACACUUGAUCUCGAAGCUAAACGACAACGUUUUAUUGAACCUGCAAAUAUUCAAUCAAAUCAUGAUGAACCUGAUAAAGAUAUUAAUACUUCAUCAAAUCGCACAAAUGUCUCAUUAAUUCCUCGUGAAUCACAUACAGAUAUUAAUGACAUUCAUGACAAUAAUGAAUCCUUAGGAGGUAUAGCUGAUGGUGGUCUUGCAUCAUUUGUUAAAAGUUCUUCAAUCAAUGAUGAUUAUUAUCAUCCAAGUAAAGAAAGUAAAAUGAAACGAGAACAUAGUGGUUCAGAUAAGAAGAUUUCAAUAAAAAAAUCCAAAUCCAAAACAUCAACAGAACUAAAUAAAUUAACAAAAAAAAUUAAGAAUGAAGAUUCAACAUCAUCUAAUUCCAAACGAAAAAAACUCUUAACAACAACAACAACAACCACAACAAUUCCAAAACCUUCAUCAUCAACAAAUAAUAAUCCACCAGGAAUAGCAGCAAAUAAAAAACGUUUAUCAUCUUCUACACCAAAAAAACUUAAUUCAAAAGAUCGCCUUGGAAAAAUUCUUAAAAUAGCAAAUAGCAUUAAAUCACGCGGUGGAAUUCUAACUUGA